UUGUCCAUUUGUCAUCCUUUUUGAGGUACAGACAGCGCGUACAAAUUGCCGACUUUUGUUUCAGGGAUACCAGUUGCUUAGGUAGGUAGAGCCGGGCAUAGACAGACAAACCCUUUAAUCAUCAUGAACGCCCAACGGUCGUGCGGACUAACUCACAUCAAUCUAUCUUUGAGCUGGGCACAAGGUCACCGUGAGUUUGGAAUAUCCCAUAACAAACACGACACAGCAGUCACUGCAACGGCUUCUUGUAUCUCUGCAGAGGCCCCUCAGCGAGGUUAG